AUGGCUGGAACGCGGGCACCCUGGAUGCUGGAAAACUUCAUAGAUGGGAAAUUUUUACCUUGUAACUCCUAUCUGGAUUCCUAUGACCCCUCCACAGGGGACGUGUACUGCAGGGUACCAAACAGUGGGAAAGAGGAGAUCAAAGCCGCGGUGGAGGCCGCCAGGGCCGCUUUUCCGGGGUGGUCCUCCCGGAGCCCCCAGGAGCGCUCGCAGGUGCUGCACCGGCUGGCGGACUUGCUGGAAGAGUCCCUGGAGGAGCUGGCCCAGGCUGAAUCGAAGGACCAAGGGAAAACCAUAACACUGGCAAGAACCAUGGACAUUCCCCGGUCUGUGCAGAACUUCCGGUUCUUUGCCUCCUCCAUCCUGCAUCACACGUCGGAAUGCACGCAGAUGGACCACCUGGGCUGUCUGCACUACACUGUGCGGACCCCCGUGGGUAUCGCGGGUCUGAUCAGUCCCUGGAAUCUGCCACUUUACUUGCUCACCUGGAAGAUCGCUCCCGCGAUCGCUGCUGGCAACACUGUGAUAGCCAAGCCCAGCGAGCUGACUUCCGUGACUGCGUGGAUGAUGUGCAAACUCCUGGAGAAAGCAGGGGUUCCACCAGGCGUGGUAAAUAUUGUGUUUGGAACGGGGCCCAGGGCAGGCGAGGCCCUGGUGUCCCAUCCAGAGGUGCCCCUCAUCUCCUUCACCGGGAGCCAGCCCACGGCCGAGCGGAUCACACAGCUGAGUGCUCCCCACUGCAAGAAGCUCUCGCUGGAGCUGGGGGGCAAGAAUCCUGCCAUCAUCUUUGAGGACGCCAACCUCGAGGAGUGUGUUCCCACAACGGUCAGGUCCAGCUUUGCCAACCAGGGUGAAAUAUGCCUCUGCACCAGCAGGAUCUUUGUCCAGAGGAGUAUCUACAGUGAAUUUCUAAAGAGGUUUGUAGACGCUACCAGAAUGUGGAAAGUGGGCAUUCCCUCUGACCCAUCGGCCAGCAUGGGAGCUCUGAUCAGUAAAGCUCAUUUGGAGAAAGUCAGAAGUUACAUCAAGAAAGCUCGCCUGGAAGGGGCCCAAAUUCUGUGCGGUGAGGGAGUGGAUAAGUUGAACCUCCCUCCCAGGAAUCAAGGAGGGUACUUCAUGCUUCCCACGGUGAUAACGGACAUUAAGGAUGAGUCCUGCUGCAUGAAGGAAGAGAUAUUUGGUCCAGUGACGUGUGUGGUCCCCUUUGAUAGUGAAGAGGAAGUGAUUCAAAGAGCCAACAGUGUGAAAUACGGGCUGGCUGCGACCGUGUGGUCAGGCAAUGUGGGGCGCGUCCACCGGGUGGCGAAGAAGUUACAGUCAGGCUUGGUCUGGACCAACUGCUGGCUCAUCAGAGAGCUGAACCUUCCUUUUGGGGGGAUGAAAAGUUCUGGGGUGGGUAGAGAAGGAGCCAAGGAUUCUUACGAAUUCUUCACUGAAGUCAAAACCAUCACCGUUAAACAUUGACCUUGGCCAGUGGAGAGGUUGUUAUGGUUGAUGCCUGGCUGCAGAGAAUCAGUCAUCUAAUGCCGUGAACAGACACGCUGGCACAAACUCCAGCCACCAGAGUCUAGCUUAUCCUCCUCAAUUAGCAUUUUUACUUGCUGGUAUAGAGAUGCUAUAUCUUUUCAGUGAGGCAUUAAAGGAGAGAAGAAAGCACAUAAAGGAAGCCAAGCAAAUAUCAGCCUCCUCUCAGGUUGUGUCGUCAUAGGAUUUUUUCAUCACUUUGAUUCAGUUCUUGGAAAUUCACAGAUUUUUUUUUCAUUUUCAAGUAUAUGGUAAAAAACAAACAAACUAUAAAGCCAAAGAGAAACAAAUCACCACAAUUUCCUGCCUUUGGGGAACUUGUUGAGAUGGUGUCCACAUCCAUUAACCAUUGGCAUGGCUAAUUGGUAACUGACUAAUUGACUGUACCUCAUUACUCAAAGGGGCUGUGAGGGUUGAUAAUGAACGUUAUAUGGGGUUUGUCAGAGAAGGCAUAGAUGGUAGGUCCCACUUUAUAUAUCUGUGUAGGGACAAAGAAAUAUAAAAUAACUACUCCUUUUGGAGGAAACUUAGAAUAAGGAGAGUCUGAUUCAUUCCUACUAGAGACUCUCAUCAAUUCAAAUUCUUAGUGUAUAUAUCUCAGGAGACUUUUAAACUUUAUAAUCCUAAAGGAAGCAAUAAAUGUUAAGCAGUUUUAGUAAGCAAUAUGGCAUAUACCUUCAUGAAUUGUCUCUUAUUCUUAUUUAUCUUUAUCGUCUUAGGAGCAUGAACUUUUUACUAAGUAAUAGUGGUAUUUCUAGUGCUUUUUUCUUGAAUUCCCUGAUCAGAGGAGAGAUCUGGGGUUUACAGAGAUUAAGGAGCAUGUUCAAGGUCACACAAAUGGUGUGGGGCAGAGGAAGGAUUUGAACCCAGGGCUCUCAGAUUCCAUACCCUACAAUCUCUGACCAUUUCACGCUUAGCUUGGCUUGUGUUUCAGAAGCAACAAAGCCCUUAUGGUUCAUGGAACACAUUGUGUGGGGUCUCCCUUCUGUGUCUCUCUCCACUUUGCCCCUCGUCUCACCUGCUCUCUCCUGCCUCCCUCCACUCAGCCAUGCAACCCAAUCUAUACAGCCAGGAACUCCUCUGGUACAGCUCUUUCCACAUGGGAUUGACAUGAUUUGUUUGCAUGUCUCAUUUCCUGGUGGAACAGGACUUGCUGAAGGUCAAGGGAGGUGCUAUCUCUCUCUAAGUCUCGCUUCACAGCAAGGUGUCUGGCACACAGAAGGUGUUCAGAAUGAGUUUCAGGAUGGCAUGAAGUCUCUCUGGGCCUCAAGGGUAUCUGUUGCAUGGUAUUUGGGGGAGUUUGGAUCAAGGGAUGCAGAAUAAUCUCUGUAAUUUUGUGUAGGAUUUGGCAUGUUGGCUUGUUUACAAAUACGGAAAAAUAUAAGUCCCUUCUCUGAGGUCAAAUGAUGGUGUCAGAUCAUACCUGAUUCUUAGUUUCUAUCUCCUCCUCCCCACCCCCGCUUUUCCCUCUUCCCCAGUAAGGUCCCUUGACCUCGAUCAGUUAAGUCUAGGACCAUUUCGGAGUGUCAGCUGGAAGAAAUUCAGCAGCUCCAGUGUCUAAGGGAAUCCGCAUCUUCAUGCUUGUAAUUGGUCUGACCCAAACUCAUCGUUUUUUCUAAGACCUAAGUUCUAUUGUGAUUCCAAAAUCUGGCAGCUGAACCUCUUAGCUCUGGUGCCUGAAUACCCAUCUCCCACCACGCUGAUUUUCUGCCCAGGAGGGUAUUCUCACUAGAAUCUGAAGCUGGUCCUGCUGUUGCCACUUCUUAUCCAGAUUCUGGAUCCUACCUUGUGGAGGGACCUGCUUCCUGCUGGCAGACAUUUUGGAUGCUGUUGCCCUGCAUCUGUGUCUCUUUGGGUCUCUAGAAGCUCCCCCUGGGCUCACAUGCCAGUCUCACGGCUGCAGAUUUGACCAAACGCUGUUCUCCUUCACUGUGCACUAUCCCAUUUCUCAGUUGUUCAAACCAUUGGCUACAAUGUCUUAGCUCCCCAGUUACACUUAUCUUCCUUUUUUACUCCCAACCAAGUGGGUGAGUUUAGUUCCAAGACCUUACCUCUUCCUGGCCACCUCAUACUGUCUCAUGUUUCAGCUAAGGGUGCCAUGUGAGUCUGUACCUCCACACAUAGUCCCACCCCUGUGGUGGCUCUGUGGCUGUGGGGCUCAGAACUGAAAUAAAGAAAAUCAGAAGCCAGGGUCACAAGGUUAUGUCUGUAAAGUAUUAUUUCUAAGUGGGAGGAUGGGCACUUGAGUGUUUACUAGUUCAUAAGUAGGAAAGGGGAGAAGUGGCUGAAGCUCAGGACAGCCUGGAGCAUGCGCAGGAGGAUGCCGAGAGGGGGUGGAGUCGCUUCAGCUUCCAGGCUCAGGCAUCGCAUCCCCAGGCAGACAAGCAGGAGCUGAAGGGACAGGAGCAAAGAGGUCAUGGCGCAGCAAUUCUCAGACUUUGAUGUGUUUCUGAAUCACUCAGAACAAUUGUUAAAAAUGCAGAUUCAGGAGUUCCCUGGUGGCUCAGCAGGUUAAGGAUCUGGCAUUGUCAUUGCUGUGGUGCUGAUUGGAUCCCUGGCCCGGCAACUUCUGCAUUCUGGAAGCAGCCAAAAAAAAAAAAAAAAAAAAAAAAAGAAAGUAGAUUCAGAGUUAGUGGGUCUGGGGUGGGCCCUGACUACACCUUCUAAGUCGAAGGACUUAGAAUUGUGACACUGUGACACCAAAGGCCCAAGUUUCUCCUCCAUGUCCCAGGAGGUCCCAGGGGCAGUUGGCUGCGGCACCUGCCCUUCUCAGAGACAAAGGAAGCGCUCAAACACCGGAGUGGAAGGCCUUUCUGGAGAAGGUCUCCACUGCGGCUGUUGGCACAAAGCCUGAGAUAACAGUCCUUCGUGUGCAACGCACGGGAGGCAGAAGGAAAGGCAGCUUCGCUCCACCUAGGAGUGAAAUCCAUGGAAGAUUUCCCCACUGGAGGUAAAGUCCUCACUUUGAUAGUCAUAACAGUACAAGCUGAACUGCCCGCAUAACCUAAAAAUAGCCUGUCUCGGACCCUUUCACACAUAGAAAUGUAGAGUUAGUCCCCCAUGCAGUGAUGGGUCUUAUGGGGAAACUCUUCUUCCAAAAUGCAAAGAAUAACUUUGCCAACUACCUAUAACAAUCAACAAUAUGCUUUUUUAUUAAAACAUAUUACUGAUCAACCAAAGACCAUCAAAUAUUUGGUAAAAGAGAAAUUUCAAGAUGCGUGAGAGAGUAACUGACUACAGGAGAAACAGAUAAAGGAAAGAAAUAAGGCAAGAAAAUUAGUAUCCUUGGGGAGGUGAGAGAGGCUGGGGGUCCACACAAAAGAAUAGGCUCCUGCGAAAAGAGAGCAAGCAGGGAACAUGAAAGAGGCCACGACAAAUCAAGCAUUAGUUCCACAAAUAUAUUUUAAAAAUCAGUAGAAAUUAAUCAUUGGUGUGAGUGAAAACUAAAUUAGUAAUCUGGAAGAUAAAGUUGAGAAAAUAUCUCAGAAUGUAGAAAAUGACAGAAAAGAAAAUAUCUGAAAGCUGAGAUGGCGGAGAGCUCUAGAAAGCCAUUCCUAUGUAACUAAUCUAAGAUCAGAGAACAAAAGUGAAUAAUCAAAUAAAUUAGAAAAGAUCAUUUCACUGAGCUAGAAAAAGACUUUCAGAUAGAAAAUAGUCUCCAUGUGCCAUGAACCAUUCUGUCGAAAAUUUGAAAUUCCUGGUAUAAAGCUUGCAGAGGGAAUCACCAGAACACCUACCAAAUAAGUAAAUAAACCAAAAAAAAAAAAAAAACCCAAAAGAUUGUCAUCACACUUUGUACAAAUUACACGGGUGCCAGAAGACAGUGGAGCAAAACUUCAAAGUUCUAAGGCCAAAUUAAAUUGAACCUAAAUUUUAUAGCAAGCUAACUGUUAUUCAAGAAUUAAGGCAAAAUAAGGUAUCCAAUGACUCAGAAAAUUUCUCCUAUUUACUCUUCCUGGAAUAACUUGGGAGUGGCGUGCAGGAAAAGGAAAAACUGAAUCCAAUGAACAGAGGAACUGCCUCGGAAAUAAGAUGAAAAAGGGUCUUAAACUGUUAGCUGUAAAUCAGGCCUAGAAAGGAACUGGCCCAAUUUAGAGCACAGUGGACAAUAGGUAGCGAUUGAA